UUAAUUUUUUCUCUGGUGAUUUUUCUGCGUUUUCUGCAAUUGUAGUGGAGUUGGUAUGUUAAUUUUUCUCGUAGGAUUCGUAAUUUGAGCAAAGUUAAUUACAAUUAUUCGAGGUGUUAUAUCCUUAGUUUAAGACGAUGGGAGACGGCCAAAGUGAAAAUCAGCCACUUCUAAGGGAUGAGGAGGAAAAUGUGAGCACUAUCUCGCCGAUCGGGCCUGAUGAGCUGCCUCCGCCGUACCAGCAAGCAGGCAUGCCGAUGGUAACAUGUCGCGUUUGCCAGGCCAUGAUAGAUAUAUCCGGCAAACGAGAACAACAUGUUGUCAAAUGUUCCGAGUGUAACGAAGCAACACCAAUACGAAAUGCUCCACCAGGAAAAAAAUAUGUGCGUUGUCCAUGCAACUGCUUGCUGAUUUGCAAGUCGUCAUCCCAGCGUAUAGCAUGCCCUCGUGCAGAUUGCAAGAGGAUCAUCAACCUAGCCCCAUCGCCUGUAACUCCACCUGUGCCAACCCUGCCUGGCAUGUGCAGGGUUGUUUGUGCACAUUGCCAGGACACUUUCUUGUACCAGCUGUUGAAAAAUGCACCAGUGCGGUGCCCUCAUUGCCGGAAAGUGUCCUCAGUUGGACAGCGCAUGGCUCGGGUGAGAGGCAUUAUUUUCGCGGUUCUUGCACUCAUAGUCUUCGCUAUUGCCCUGGGAGUCACCCUCGGCACGCUUUCUGCAGCAAAGACCCACGGGGGAGGUAUCUAUGUCGCAUAUGUUGGAGCAUUUUUGGUAGCCUUCGUGCUAGCCAGCCGGGCCAUAUAUUAUUUUGCGAUGAAAGUAAGUACGAUCGAGGGACCUAUGUAAGUAUUCGAUGGCGGAGUUUUGUGAUAGUAUGACUAGGAAAUAUGUCGAUUCCAUAUUGCAUUAUGUUCAUAUAUUAUAGGAUCUAUUAGAUAAAUUGCGUAAUAACCUUUAUAUUGUGAAAGUAGACUGUGUUAUAUACGUUUUGUUUCGUGACAUAAGUCUGUGAUUGGUAGGCGGGCAUCACAUUCUCAGCGUGAAUGUCUGUGGAUUCAUGUGCAAGCACUUACAAGGUCUGUUAAACUAAUUUUGGAUGCGAACCCUUUCCUUAGCGGAGGCAAUGCUGGAGCGCGAAAACUCAUUGCCAUAAGAGAAAAGUUUGGGAAAUAGAAAAUGUGGUAGUCCAUGAACUAGCCCACCGUGAUUCGCGGGAGAAUGUUGGACCCGUCUAGAAAUAGUUUGCAUGUACUUUUAUAAACAUAUUUUUAAUGCAUUGACUGUAACAAAAAAUUGAAUUGUGAACCGAUUUAAUAUUCUUAACAUUAGUAUGCAUUCCGAAAAUAUAUUACCUGAUGACUACAUAAGAUUAUUAAAAAACUAGUAAUAGUAAAAAAAGAUUAUAUUGUAAACUUAAUACAGAUUCGAAUUAAAUAAAAAAUUUGCUUGAUUCAUUGGGUAAAAAGACAAAUAAUGAAAAAAAAAAAAACAAAAAUGGUACCAUUAAAUAUAAUUAUUUUAGAUUGUU